AUGCUGGUUGUAUACAAUUCCAGAUACUACAAAUCAACUCGUGAUCAGUUAGAAAAAGAAUCAUUCAGACGUGAAAAAGAAAUCGAAUUUCUCAAUCACUUAGAUACUUUAAUGAACAAUCAUCAAACAAAAACAUUAACAUCUGAUAAUGAUAAUAAUACUACUACUAAUAAUAAUAAUAGUAAUAAUAAUAAUAAUCAAGAUAAUGAAACUAUACCACUUGGUAAUCGUAUAUGUCUAACUGAUAGAAAAUCAAUAAAAUCAAAGACUGUAAAUACCAACAAAGCGUGUUUGAAAUCAGCGAAUUCAUCUCCUUCAGUUGAAGACUUGAUAUCUGGUGAUUUUACUCUGGAUCAUUACAAAAGUGAUAGAAAAAUUAAUCGAAUACUAUCCGCUCAAUCAAGUGUAAUGAAACCAAUUUUAAAUCAAACUAUUAUACAACAACGUAAUAUUAUUGCUGCACAAAAUCGUGAAAUUAAUGCAUUAAAAGCAGCACAUCGUUAUUCUGAAUGGUUAUUAGAAGCACGAGCACAUAAAUUAGCUAAAACUAUAAUAGAAAAAACUAAUACAAAAAUUAAUGAAGCUGAUAAAUCUUCCUCUGAAAUGAAUGAACCAUUAGUGAACGUUGAAAAUGGUACAGAUGAUCAAGUUCAUUCUCAACUAAUAUCGAACGAAAUGAAAAGUCCCAUUAAUGAUAAUCAUUUAAUGACAAAUGAUUUAUCAGGAUCAAUUCCUUUAAAAACUAUAUCGAUUAAUAAAAAAAACUCAUUUAUUCAAAAAAUGGAAGAAAGAGCAGCUGAACGUGCUCGUCGACGUGCAUUACAAGAAGAAAGAAGACGUGAAAAUGAACAAAAGAAAAAAGAACAGUUGGCUAAACAGUUAGAAGAAGAAGCUAACAGAAUCAAACAAGAAAAGAUAAUGUUGAAGAAUGAACAAAAAGAAAAGAAGAUACGUGAAGAAGAGUUAAAACAACAAAAAGAAUUAAAAUUAGCUUAUCAACGUGAAUUGAACUUAAAAGUUACUAUGCAUAGAAAUAUUUCAUGUUUACGUUAUUAUGGUCUUAAACCAUGGAUAAACUAUGUAUUAAAACAACAUGAAUUAAUUCAAAUGGCUAAUUGUUAUGAAAAGAAAACAAUAAUGAGAAAUACAUUUCACACUUGGUUACUACAUUUAAAAAUUAAAUAUGAACAAGAAACUAAAUUUGUUCAAUGUCAUUACAAUGUAUUGCUAAUGAAAAAAACUAUAAAAGCACUGCAGAAGGCUUGUGAAAUACGUAAAGAGAAUGAGACUUUUGCUAACAAAUGGUAUCAUAAACAGCUUCUACGAAGUAGUUUUUCAUUUUGGGUUCAGUACGUAACUGAUCUUUGCAUUCAAGAAUGGCAACAAGAGGAAACUGCUUUGGAACAUUAUAACAGGCAUCUGUUGUAUGUUUAUUUUAAAAUUUGGAUUGAUUUUCCAAAUCAACAACGUGUACAACGUCAACGAGAAUAUCGUCGUGAACAAUUUCGUAAAUGUCUGCUUGACAUUAUACCUGAUUUUAACCCACCUAAACAAGAUAUCAAUGAAAUGGACUAAAUGUUUACAUAAAU